UAUGAAUUAUCAAGGUUUUGAAUAUGAUAAAUUAAUAUUAUACAAAUUUUCAACCCUUAAAAAUGGAAUAGCACAAUUUAAUUAAAUUUCAUUUCUUACUCAAUGCAUUAGCUCUAUGAUAAUACCAGCACUAAUUAAAUAAAUCGUAAUUAAAUAAUUAUUUGACUUCAAGAUUAAGUUGUAUUUCAACUCAAUAAACUAUCUGUAGAGAUUGAUAGCCUAAUUACUAUAAUACUACUUCUCAGUUUCAUCAGCACUAGUUAAUAUCUACCUUAUGCAAAAGAAUCACUUUAUCUGCAAAUAGUAACCCGAAGUUAGAUCUGUAAUUAAUAUAUUUAGAUAAAUAAUAAUUGAAACAAACUUAACUAUUCCUUAAUUCUAGUAUCAAUAGUGA